CCGCUUAUAUAAUAGAAUCAGAUACAUAGCUUCGUUCUCUCCAUCUGCUGCCUUGGAGCAGGAGCAGGAGCAGCAGGAGGGGAUCGAUCAUCAGCUGAGGUAGUAGGUAGGAGGAUAGGAUCCGCCCAUCCACCCCGUCCGCAUGGGUUCCUACGUCCAAGGCGAUAACGAUGAGGUCCCGGUCUACGAAUCUGGCGCCGAGGUCGGUCACCCAUCUCUUCCACCUUCUUGCUUGCUUGCUUGCACUGUGCCUGCAUGUCCUGCAGAAGCUGCAGGAGAAAUGCCGCAGCAGCAGCACCAGUUCGACGCCGGCGGCGGCCAUGUACUCGAGCGUGCUGGGCGGCAUCAUCCUUGACCCGGCCAUGAUGCUCCUCCCCAUCGACGACCACAUGGUCCACCGCGGGCACGGCGUGUUCGACACCGCCAUGCUCCUGGACGGGUGCCUGUACGAGCUGGACCCGCACCUCGACCGCUUCCUCCGCUCCGCCGCCCGGGCCCGGAUCGGGACGCCCUUCCCGCGCGGCACGCUGCGGAGCAUCCUGAUCCAGAUGACCGCCGCCUCGGGCUGCCGCAAGGGCUCCAUCCGCUACUGGCUGAGCGCCGGGCCCGGGGACUUUCUGCUCUCCCCCAAGGGCUGCCCGUCGCCGGCGUUCUACGCGGUGGUGAUCCCGGCGGAGUACGAGCAGUGCCGCGAGGGCGUGCGCGCCGUGACGACGUCCGUGCCCAUGAAGCCGCCUCUGUUCGCCACCACCAAGAACGUCAACUACCUGCCCAACGUGCUGUCCAUCAUGGACGCCGAGGACCGCGGCGCCUUCGCGUCCGUGUGGGUGGACGACCAGGGGUACGUCGCCGAGGGGCCCAUGGUGAACGUGGCCUUCGUCACCCCGGACCGCGAGCUCGUGCUCCCGGAAUUCGACAGGAUCCUCAGCGGGUGCACGGCCAAGCGCCUCCUGGCGCUCGCGCCCAAGCUGGUGGAGGACGGCCGGCUCACGGCGGUCACCACCAGGAACAUCACGGCCGAGCAGGCGAAGCGCAGCGUGGAGAUGGCGUUCGUGGGAAGCGGGCUGCCGGUGCUGCCCAUCGUGGAGUGGGACGGCAAACCCAUCGGAGACGGUCAGGUUGGUGAGCUGAUGCUGGCGCUGUCGGAUCUGCUGUGGGAGGACAUGAAGUCCGGCCCGGACAGGAUCGCCGUCCCCUACAGCAACUGAUUAAUAAUAAUAAUAAGCAGCUAGCCUACAAACUAAGCAAAUGAUUAAUAAUAAUAAGCCUGCUGCAUCCUGGCUGAUGCAUGGUGAGGUCAGGUGAUGGACGGAUGGGAAGCUUCAUGUAUCGGAUCGGAGCUGCGUGCACUUGCUUGUAUCUAGCUAGCUAUAUUCGUGAUCGAACGUGUGCCAUUCUACGUUGUAUGCUGUACGUCAAAUGUACGUCUCGACUGAACAGAGAGUCGUUCUUAGCUGCU